UGUCUUUUUGGAAUUGUUAUAGCUGCAGUAACUAGUACUUGCAUACAAUUAACAGUUUAAAACUGGGCGUAUUGUUAAUUGCUGUUUUGAAUUGCUUUCAGAGAUGCUUAUUCCUUUCUUCUUCUUGCUGGGCAUCUGCCUGGUGCCAGCACAUUCGAACCCAACCGAAUAUCUCGGUAGCGCUUUCCUUCAGCAAUGUUUUGAGGAAGCCAAGAUGAUUGUUGAUAAUGCCUACACAUACUCCAGAGCAGAAAGUCUGAGACGAGUGCGCAAGGACGUGGUGAAACCUCAUGAUGCUUUGCGUCUGAUGAAGCAGCCUCGCGGAGAGACUCGCUCCUUUGUGAGGUCUGCAGACUACAUGGCGCAGACCCUGCGCCUGGUGCAGGAGAGGGUGCACCGCAUCCACAAACGCUCCCUGAACGCAACAGAUUUGCUCUCGGCGGAGGAUCUGGAGAGGCUCAGCAAAAUAACGGGAUGUGCCGCUCAAGUCAGGCCUCCGCCUUGUAGUAGCACACAAAACCUGGACAAGUAUCGCACUGCUACGAGCGUCUGCAACAAUAAAGAAAACCCCCGCCUGGGAGCGUCCAACACGCCCUUCACCCGUUGGCUUCCUGCGGAAUACGACGACGGCAUCUCUGUACCUAAAGGAUGGCACACCAACCGAACGUUCAGAAACUUCCUGCUUCCUCUGGUCCGUCAGGUGUCGAAUAAUAUCCUGAGCACGACGGACGCGGGGGUGGUCAGCGACAGAGAAUUUUCGCACAUGGUGACGUUGUAUGGCCAGUGGAACGACCACGACCUGACCUUCACGCCCUUUUCACCCAGCAUUCGCUCAUUCAGCAAUGGAGUCGACUGCGAGGAGAGUUGCGAGCGCACCGAGCCGUGCAUCCCCAUCGCGAUUCCGCCCGGCGACCCACGCUUGCCGACCGGGCCGGAUAGCUGCAUCCCUUCGUUCAGAUCCGCCCCCGCGUGCGGGACGGGAUUCUCGGCCUACAACUUUGGAGGAGAACCCAACAAGCGGGAGCAGAUCAACGCUUUGACCGCCUUCCUGGACUUGGGUCAGGUGUACGGCUCCGAGACUAAGCUCGCCCUGAGCCUCCGCGACCUCGACAGCGACGGCCUUAUGCGUACCAAUACCGAGUUUCGCGACAACGGACGGGAGCUGCUGCCCUUCAGCCCUUUGAAAGCUGAAAUGUGCGCCACCCGUGGGAGGGUUACCAAUGACCCCAACGCCACUGAGGUUCCCUGUUUCAUUGCAGGUGACGGCCGUGUGGAUGAGAACGUGGCUCUGACCUCCAUUCACACUUUGUUCUUGCGUGAACACAACCGUCUAGCCCGUGGGCUGAAAAGACUAAAUCCUCAAUGGGACAGUGAGACACUGUAUCAGGAAGCUCGCAAGAUCAUGGGAGCAUACUCACAGGUGUUUGCAAUCCGCGACUACCUGCCGCACAUAGUGGGUGACGAAGCCAUGCGCAGGUUCCUAGGACCUUACCCCGGCUACAACCCUAAGGUGGACCCCAGGAUCUCCAAUGUUUUUGCCACAGCAGCCUACCGCUUUGCUCACUUGGCCAUCCAACCCGCCUUAUCCCGCCUGAACGCCAACUACAGAGAGACCAGUCAGUUCCCUAGCGUCCCGUUGUUCAAAGCCUUCUUCACUCCAUGGAGAAUCGUUUUUGAAGGUGGGAUUGACUCCCUGCUGCGUGGUUUGGUGGGCCGUCCUGCUAAAUUGAACACUCAGGACAACAUGAUGGUAGACGCUCUGAGAGAAAGGCUCUUCCAGUUCGUGCAGCACCUGGCUCUGGACUUGGCAUCCCUGAACAUGCAAAGGGGGCGUGACCACGGUUUGCCUGGUUACAAUGCUUGGCGAAAAUUCUGUAACCUGUCCGAGCCCCAAAACCAGGCAGAGCUCGCGCGAGUGCUGAACAACAGCGAUCUGGCUAGGAGGCUGCUGCAACUCUAUGGCACACCCGACAAUAUCGACAUUUGGCUAGGGGGCGUGGCUGAGCCCUUUGUCCGCGGAGGCCGCGUGGGACCUCUGUUUGCCUGCCUCAUAGCCGUUCAGUUUAAGAACAUCCGCCAGGGUGACAGGCUGUGGUACGAGAACCCAGGCGUCUUCUCGGUGAGGCAAAGAGCCGCCUUGAACACCGCCACCCUCUCCAGAAUCAUCUGCGACAACACAGGCAUCACGACUAUCCCCAGAGACACCUUCAGCCUCAUUUCAAGGAGAAACCCGCUAGUACGUUGCAACAGUGUGCGAAGCCUUGACCUGUCGCCAUGGAGAGAGAGGAGCUGUACAGAUUUCUUAGAAAACGGUUCCUGCCCCGAUCUCCCACCGGAUGAUGAAGAUGUCGAACCCAUAUUGCGAAAUGUGGAGCCUCUGCCAACUGAGGAGCCUUUGCCACCUGAAAAUGCUUAAAUACCAGACUUGGUUUGAAUGAAGAGCCUCAACCAUUCAUCAUCAGUGUCAGCCUGCACUCAUCGUCCAAUUGUGCCAGUUCAAUCAAGUACCUUCUUCAGAUUAUCACCGCCUUUAUCCACGCUCACAAAGUCGACGUUCAGUUCUGUCACUUUUGUCCAGCCGACUGACACCAGCCCUUUUUUUUGCUGUCGGUCCUCGGCACACUGCACUUGCGGCUACCAAGAAUGGCAUUAUAUUUGUUAAACGUGUUCUCAUUUCUGUUACAACAUGCAAUUUGUCUUAUUUUUUGUUUGUAUUUUGAUGAUUAUUUAUGUAAUAAUGACGUGCCGGAAUGCUUUUUUAUAAUUCUUUUCAUCUGUUUCUGUUCUGUGCUCAAUAAAAACCACUGAAAACUCA